UAUUUAGACUUAUUAGAGCCAGCCGCUUUGGCUCCAAACUUCACUGGACUACUACUACACUCCUAGUCUCCUACAAUGCUGAGUUGCAAGAGGUUGCUGUUAAGACCCAUCAAACGGAAGAAGAAGAAGAAAAACAAGAACAAGCCAAUAACUACUACUCACCAAAAUCACUGCAUUCUUCCGUCAGAUGUACAACCUAUGGAUUACCCAGAAGAAGAUGAACCAGAAGAAGACGGUUUUAGUCUCAAAUCCUCUGCCCCUUCAAAUAAUCACGGAGUUCAACCACUGGGAAAUUUUUUUCUCAGCUCAACUUCUCAUAAUUCCAGAGAUGCUGGCUUAGGUAACUUAAAAACUCUCACUGAUGAGCUUGUUCUUGAGAUUUUGGGUUUUUUGGAUGGUACAGAUUUGGGUAUUUUAGCUACUGUUAGCAAAUCUUUAUAUAUAUUUUGUACCCAUGAACCACUUUGGAGGAAUUUGGUCUUGGAAACCCUUAAAGGUGGGUUUCUGUAUAAUUUUUCAUGGAGAAAAACUUAUAUUAGUGCUCAUUUUCCAUGUUUUGAUGUUUCAAAUAUUGGGUCUUGUGGUUUGUCAAUUAGGGAUUUUUAUUCUGAUUAUAUGUUUCAAAGUUGGUUAUGUGCUAAUCUUGAGAUGAAACCUGAAUGGCUAAGAAGGGAUAAUAUACAACGUAGGAGGGGAAUUUCAGUUGAGGAAUUUAUAUUGAAUUUCGAGGAGCCCAAUAAGCCUGUGUUGUUGGAAGGUUGUUUGGAUAAUUGGGUUGCAAAGGAUAAAUGGGAUAAGGAUUAUUUAAUAGAGAUUUGUGGGGAUGUCAAGUUUUCGGUUGGUCCAGUUGAAAUGAAGCUUGAGGAUUACUUUAGGUAUUCUGACUUUAGUAGGGAAGAGAGACCCUUGUAUUUGUUUGAUCCUAAGUUUGCAAAGAAAAUUCCGAAGUUGGGUAACGAGUAUGAAGUUCCUCCAUACUUUAGAGAGGAUUUGUUUUCAGUUUUGGGUGAAGAGAGGCCUGAUUACAGGUGGAUAAUAAUCGGACCAGCUGGGUCCGGUUCUUCAUUUCACAUUGAUCCUAAUUCAACAUCGGCUUGGAAUGCUGUGAUUAAGGGUUCUAAGAAGUGGGUCUUGUUUCCUCCUGAAGUUGUACCGCCUGGUGUCCAUCCUAGCCCUGAUGGUGCAGAAGUGGCAUGUCCAGUUUCAAUAAUUGAGUGGUUUAUGAACUUUUACGGAGCCACAAAAGAUUGGAGGAAGAGACCAAUUGAGUGUGUUUGUAAGGCUGGUGAGGUUGUUUUCGUGCCUAAUGGGUGGUGGCAUUUGGUAAUCAACUUGGAAGAAUCAAUUGCUAUCACACAGAAUUAUGUUAGCAGGCGGAAUUUGCUGAAUGUCUUGGAGUUCCUCCAGAAGCCAAAUGCUGUUGAACUUGUAUCAGGAACUAACGACCGCGUCAAUCUGCACAAUAAGUUUAAAGACGCAAUUGAGGCUGCUUUUCCGGGGACUAUAGACCAGAUAGUAAUAAAAGCUGAAGAAAAGAAGAAACAAUGUUCAUAUUGGGAAACUGUGGCAGAUUCCAAUUCUGGAGCUUUCAAGUUUUCUUUCUGAGAGGUUUUUGGUUGCAGGACACUUUUUUUGUCAGUGGUGAGGCAACUUUUCAUUAGAAGUAGAUUAGUUCAUGGUUUCAUUCACACCAUUUCUGAGAGGUGUUCAUAUUGGGAAACUGUGGCAGAUUCCAAUUCUGGAGCUUUCAAGUUUUCUUUCUGAGGUUUUUGGUUGCAGGACACUUUUUUUGUCAGUGGUGAGGCAACUUUUCAUUAGAAGUAGAUUAGUUCAUGGUUUCAUUCACACCAUUUAUUGAGUUUUGCGUGUAUUUUUAGUCUAUCCGUUCAAAGGAAAACUUUUACGAAAUUAAUCUUUUACAAACAAAUGUUAAUAUGGUUUGAUCAAUUACAGUCGAUUUAAUUUCAGUA